UUUCCCACCGGGAUGGAGCCGCUCGAGCCAACGCGCAGAUCGAACGGGGAACACACACGCGUCCACACGGCACACAUGGCAAAUAUAUGGCGAUUAUUUUUCACCGUCAUCUGGAUAACGACGAGAGUUUCAAGUUCGAGGACUAGGAUUUAUCCACCCAACGAAGUGACCCUGCUGGACACCAGGACAGUGCCAGGAGAACUGAAAUGGGCAGCCAGUCCUUCAGAGGGAGGGUGGGAGGAAGUGAGUAUUAUGGAUGAGAAGAACAUCCCCAUCAGAACAUACCAGGUGUGUAACGUCCUUGAACCCAGUCAAAACAACUGGCUGAGGACAGACUGGAUUCCCAGGUCAGGAGCUCAACGGGUCUAUGUCGAGGUCAAAUUCACUCUGAGAGAUUGUAACAGCCUGCCAGGGGUCACUGGCACCUGCAAGGAAACAUUCAAUCUGUACUACCAUGAGUCAAAUGAUGACAGAGAGAGCUACAUCAAAGAGAGCAGCUUCAUUAAGGUGGACACUGUGGCGGCAGACGAGAGCUUUACCCAGGUGGAUGUGGGAGACCGCAUUAUGAAACUGAACACAGAGGUGCGGGAUGUAAAGGUCACAACCCGGAAGGGCUUCUAUCUGGCCUUUCAGGAUGUCGGCGCCUGCAUUGCUUUGGUUUCUGUCAGAGUUUUCUACAAAACCUGCCCCCUCACCAUCCGCAACCUGGCAACAUUUCCUGACACAGUCACAGGAGCUGACACGUCCUCUUUAGUUGAAGUCAGGGGGUCUUGUGUCAACCAGUCAGAGGAGAGAGAGGAGCCGAAAAUGUACUGUGGCGCUGAUGGGGAGUGGCUGGUUCCCAUUGGUGGAUGUCUUUGUAACCCAGGAUAUGAGGAUAAAGGUGGAGCAUGUAAAGCUUGUACCGCCGGCUUCUACAAAGCAAAAUCUUCAGAUGUAGGAUGCUCUAAGUGUCCGCCACAUAGCCACUCACUCAGAGACGGGGCGACCGUCUGCGACUGCCACUCUGGAUACUAUCGCGCUGACACUGACCCUCCUGCUAUGGCCUGUACCCAGCCGCCAUCAGCCCCACAACAGUUGAUCUCAGUGGUGAAUAAAACCUCAGUGGUGUUGGAAUGGAGCCCCCCUCGAAGGCUGGGUGGACGAAGUGACACCAGCUACAGUGUGGAUUGUCUCAUCUGCCAAACUGGUCUGACCGGCACUAAAAUUCUGUCGAGAAAUCACAGCGUCUCCCAGCCCGAGGCUCAGCACAGUGGCAUGGCAAUGCAGUCAGACCAAGGGAUUGUGGGAUCUGAUGUCCAGUCCGGGAGAGGCGUCUUCCAGAGCAGACCCGGAGAAUACCCCAGACUCGGUUCGGACUCUGGAUCUGGAUCUCAGCUCUGUCUGCCCUGUGGGUCAGAUGUGGUCUUCUCUCCGGGCCAGACGGACUUGAAGGCCACACGGGUGGUCGUAAGUGAGCUCAGAGCCCACACGCACUACACUUUCAUCGUCCAGGCAGGAAACGGGGUCUCCCAGAUCAGUGGUGCAGGGACAGCCCAGAGUGUGUCUGUCACUGUUACUACCAACCAAGCUGCUCCCUCUCCAGUGUCGUCCAUUCAAGCCACUGAUGUCACUAGGCACAGUUUGUCGUUGUCCUGGCAACAGCCAGAUCGACCCAAUGGGGUCAUUCUGGAAUACGAGGUCAAGUUCUAUGAAAAGGAUCAGAGAGAGAGGUCCUACCGCAUAAUGAGGACCUUCUCUCGCAGUGUUGAUGUCACAGGUCUCAACCCGCUCACUGUAUAUGUGUUUCAUGUGCGCGCCCGGACAGCUGCUGGAUAUGGAGAGUUCAGUGCCUCCUUUGAAUUCUCCACCAAUUCAGAUCCCUUCCCUCUGAUUGGAGAAGGAGUGAACUCGGCCUUCCUGCUGCUGUCUGUCAGCGGGGUUGGGAUAUUAUUGCUGAUAUCUGCAGCUGUCUUCAUCAUUAGCCGCAGGAGGAGCAAGUACAGUAAAACAAAGCAAGACUCAGAAGAGGAGAAACACCUUAAUCCAGGAGUCAAAAUCUACGUGGACCCGUUCACCUAUGAAGACCCCGAUCAGGCAAUCCACGAGUUUGCCAAAGAGAUUGAUGUUAGCAGUAUUCACAUUGAGAGGGUUAUUGGCAUGGGAGAGUUUGGGGAGGUGUGUAGUGGUCGGCUGCGUUUGCAAGGAAAAAGGGAGAUUUAUGUGGCUAUUAAGAGCCUCAAGGCAGGAUAUUCUGACAAACAGAGGAGGGACUUCCUGUCUGAGGCCUCCAUCAUGGGACAGUUUGAUCAUCCGAACAUCAUCAGGCUGGAGGGUGUUGUUACAAGAUGUAAGCCAUUGAUGAUCAUCACAGAAUACAUGGAAAAUGGAUCAUUGGAUGCUUUUCUUCGGAAACAUGACGGCCAGUUUACAGUGAUCCAGCUGGUCGGCAUGCUGCGCGGCAUCGCCUCUGGUAUGAAGUAUCUGUCAGACAUGAGCUACGUACACAGAGACCUGGCUGCUCGGAACAUCCUGGUCAACAGCAACCUGGUGUGUAAGGUGUCCGACUUUGGCCUGAGUCGGGUUCUGGAGGACGACCCAGAGGCCGCCUACACCACAAGGGAGGCCACUGGGACUUAUCUUUCCCCUGGAGGGAAGAUCCCUAUCAGAUGGACGGCUCCGGAGGCCAUCGCUUAUAGGAAGUUUACUACAGCCAGUGAUGUGUGGAGUUAUGGUAUCGUCAUGUGGGAGGUGGUUUCAUAUGGAGAGAGACCCUACUGGGACAUGAACAACCAGGAUGUUAUUAAGGCGAUAGAGGAGGGCUACCGCCUGCCUGCUCCAAUGGACUGUCCUGUGGUCCUGCACCAGCUCAUGUUGGACUGCUGGGAGAGGGAGCGAGCAGAAAGACCCACCUUCAGCCAGAUACUCAACAUGUUGGAUAAACUAAUCCGCAACCCCGGGACUCUGCGCCGAACAGGAGGGGAGAGACCUACAGCCACCAUGUUGGAGUCGGGGGUCGGUUCGGAAGUGUGUGUGUCAGUCGUACCAGAGGUUUGCAUGCCCGAAUGGUCGGUGUGUGAAUGGCUGCAGUCCAUUGGGUUGGAAAGGUACAGAGACACACUGGCAGCAGCGGGAUACACCAGCCUUGACAGCCUACUGGCUCUCACACACCAGGAGAUGGACAGACUUGGAAUAAUCACACCGACACACCAGGACAUACUGUUUGCGAGUGUGCAGCAAGAAAUGUUGUCUCAAAUGCAGCACAUGCAACACACAAUGGUUCCAGUCUGAGCCAGAAGAAUGGAUAUAAACCUGUUUUGAGAAUUUCAUUUACCUCAUCCAUGCACUUUAGAGGGACUUUUCAACAGUGGAAAACAAGGAGUGGAGUAAACUAAAAAGGAGAGGGAGUAAAGCAGCACUUUUGUGAACUUCAUCCUGUGGAGUUUCCUAGAACAAUGAUCUGGACGUGGCCACAGAUAACAUUGAGCUACUGAGAGUUUAGGCUGAAGCCUCAUCCUCUUAUCCAGUUUCUAUUUCCAUUAUCUUAUUUUCUGUUUUGUGAAGGCUGACAUGUAAGGCUGUGCAUAAGCAGAAUGGCUUCCAACUUUUUAUUUUGCUGCUUUGGGCUUGACUUGAAAAAAAAAAAAAAGAAAUGUUUUGUGUUUGCUUGUAUGUCUUUAUGAGUGUGUGAGUGCGUCAUGUGCGUAGUGUGAAUGGAGACAACAUUAAAUCUCCCUUGUCAAGGCGUCAGCUAUCUAAAAAUCUUAAUAUGCAAAGUUCCCAGAAACAGUGGGAGAAGCCGGACAGAAUGUAUUAUGACUUCUUACUAGUUUCAUCCCGGAGGAUAAUACUAACAAACUGUAUGAUUUGCUCAUUUUUUAGUGUUCAUUUGUUGUUUUUUUAUUUUUGACUGUAUGAAUUAUUGUUUCUGUUGAAUUAGACAGUUAGAUUAGAAUGUUGUCCAUCUGUGUCAAAUGUGUAUGUCUCUUGUUUGAUGCUAAGAAUUAGCUACAUGGAGCAUUUUGUUUAUUUAUGGUCUUUUUUUAUCUAGUUUGUACAUUGUAAAAUAGAAACACUGAGGAGAAAUUGUAAUGAUUGCCAUAUUGCAUUGCAAUAAAUGCCAAAACCUA